GACAGACCUCAGCCACACCCACCACCUCAAUGCCUCCCAUACCGCAACUCACCGCAUAAACAAUGCCCCAACUCUCCUUCUCCACCCUCCUCAGCUCCAUCUUCUACCUCAUCCCGCUAUACCUCUUCGUCUUCGCCCCCCUCCUCCGCACGCUCUCCCCCCAGCCGACCACCAACAUCUUCGACCCGGACGACGCCUCCAUCCCGCUCGACCCCGACACCGACAUCUCCCUGGACCCGGAGAUUCUCAGUUUGCCGGACGGUAUCAUCCCAUCAUGUCCAGAGGACAAUUACCGCGUGCACCUCCUCUCGAAGGAGCCCCUGGUCAUCUACAUUGAGGAUUUCCUGUCUACUGCGGAAGCGGACCAUCUGCUUGAGAUGAGCUCAACCAACUACACCCCCUCAAUAAUCUACAACGGCGUGACCACCAAAAUCGACCCCUCCACGCGGCUCUCCGAUCGCGCCCUCCUACCCCGGGACAACACAGUGCGAUGCCUCGAAGCCCGCGCCUCGGCCUUCCAAGGCUGGAAACCGCACCUAUACAUCGAGCGCAUGUGGGCGCAACGCUACAACGUCUCCGGCCACUACGCGCACCACUUCGACUGGGCCGGGUCGGCGGCCCGCGGCGGCGACCGUCUGAGCACGUUCAUGGUCUACCUGGACGAUGACUGCGAGGGCGGGGGGACGAAUUUUCCGAGACUGCGGAUGCCGAGGGGUGCUGCUGGUGGCGGGGAGUGGUGUCGGUUUUUGGAGUGCGCGGAUAUUACCACCACCACCGCUACCAACAGCAGCAUGAAGACUGGGGAUCAGAAUGUUAUUGGAGACGGAGCUCCGGUAAAAGGCAACGCGAUCUUCUGGGAGAAUCUCCGCGCGGAUGGCUCCGGGUAUCCGGAGACAUGGCAUGCUUCGUUUCCGGUGACGAGGGGGUUGAAGGUCGGGUUGAAUAUUUGGAGUUGGUAUCAGCCGCCGAGGAGGAGGUGAGCUAUCCUUCUUCUUCUUCUUCUUCUUCUUCUUCUUUUUCUUAUUCUGCCAUUUUCCCUCUCUCUAU